AUGUCAACCAUACCCGGUUCUGCACAUCCCCUUUUCUCCACCACCUCCAAUGCCCUCCUAAAAACUGAUGUGAUCCUCAAAAGAAUCUUAUUGAUUUUUCGAAUGAAUUCACCAAUCAGCAGUUUCUUCCCGUGUCUCCUUGUUUGCAAGAAGUGGUAUUCAUUGGCCAUAACGCUGUUGCAUACCAUUGUGGUACUGAGGAAUCGCAGCCUUUCUCUGUUCCUAAGUAACUCAAGGCUACCAAUGAGCUUAAAGAAAUCAUGCGAUAUACAGUCUUUGACCUUGCUGCUGAAUAUAACGUCAGUUGACCCGCUCUCCACUGCUCGCGGCUGCCAGGGCCUGGAUUGUUUAUUGAGAAAUCUAUCCAAAAUCAUCCCCGGAAAUAUGCAGAUGCUUCACACAUUUUCUCUGCGGAUCAAUCAUGAGCCACUGGCAUUGAUCAACCCUGAGAAUUCUGAUGUUAAUGACGAUACAGCUAUUGAUAGAAUUAGAGCUGAACCUGGUUUCUCCGCUUCUGUUCUAAUAUCACUCUUAGCAUCUCUGCCAGAAACAUGCACCAAUCUCGAAAUUGACACCUCAGGCUUUGAAGUUUACAAUAGUAGCGAACACAUAUGUCCACAUAUAGCAAAGCUGCUGCCAAACCUCACCCACCUGCGCUUACGCAUCCGCCAAUUGUGUUCUGGGCUCAUAAACCUGUCAUCCCAAAGCUCCUGUCCCCAAUAUCCAGGAGUGCUGCAGCCCGCUCUAUGCCCAAAACUUCGCUCAUUGAUUAUUAAUAUGGAGCUCUCCAGCGUUCUCCAAGGGGGAAUAUUACGCUGUCCCCUUCCACCAGCGCCAUCCCUAUCACGUUCAACCGGAAAGGAAAUCCACACUGAAACGGACCUGCAAACAGAUCUGUCCCACCAUUUACUUGUCUGUCUCAAGAGAAAAAAUUACUUCCCGGUCUGUGAGAGGAUAGAAACCCACAACCCUAUCUACUUGGGUGUCCCACCGUGGCACCACAUUCGCCAAACAGACAUCAAGAAUUGUAAGACGAACAUUUCAUCUUUCAUCCCGCUCCCUAGCUACAUUGAAGGUGUCUGGAAACGUGGAACACACCGCUGCUUUCAGCCCGCAUUAGGAACGACAAGGGCAAAAACAGGAGCAGCAGAUAGCAUAAUUAUAUCACCAUGGUCCUCCCAUACCCGCGAACACACGGAUAAUGCUUGGGUGUCUACAUCUGAGGGAGCAAGUUUUCCCAACACUACAGAUCACCACAUGCUCACCGUGUUCGAUGCGAACGACUACCACAUGCUCCGCGUGGAUGAAGAGGAUCGGAAGAAGUAUCCCUACCACUGCUCGCUUGCAGCGUAUACCAAGGAGAUGACAACGCGGUGGAAAAAUGAGACCAGAAGAACGGCAGAGUCUCAUCCUAUAUACCGGGAACUCUGUGAAGUAGAUGUAUCGGAUCUCAUGGCGCAGACAUAUCACACUCUUCGUCUAAUUCCGUGUGAACGGUUUCCGUUUCCGGAGCCAUUACCAGAACAGUGGUAUAAUGAGAAGACGCGGUUCUCGUUUGGAUAUUAG